AUGUUUCGCAUACCGUCAAGAACUCUAAGGACUUUUGGUCCAUCGCUCAAGCGAGCACCGGUCGGUGUGCGCUUCUCGUCAACGCAGACAUCGACGUCCAGUAAUGCUCGUUAUGUCUGGGCAUCCGCAGCAGUUAUUGGCACUGGCACUGGUGUUUAUCUCUUCAGCGGUAAAGGCGCGGCGAAAACAUUAACAAAUGAAGUCCCCAACCUGAAGGAGUUCUCCUCGGAGAAUCAAAUCCCGACCAAUUCACCUGUCAAGGAGCUCAUCAUGGAGGACGCAGAUGCCAAGCUGCGUGAAGAUGCUCACACUUUUGUCUUCGACGGGAACGGAGGCGUCAGAGGACGAGUGGACUUUGCUCGUCUUGGCAGCAAUAAUCCGAUGGAGGAUGAAUGGGAUCUCAAGAUAGCCAAGGGCGUCGGCGGAACGAACACCCUGUAUGCUGGAGUUUACGAUGGACAUGCAGGAUGGGCAACAUCUAAAGUGUUAAGAGCUGCUCUUGUCCCAUACGUGUCGAAUGCUUUGUCAAACAUCACACCCACCAGCUCAAAUGAGCUAGUAGACGAUGCAAUCAAGAAGGCAUUCGUCCGUCUUGACGAUCGUAUCUUCAACCGAGCACAAGAAGCGCUCGAAUCAGGCCAAGACCAAGGCUCUGCCUCUGUCAUCAUCGCCGUCGCACCCGCCAUAGCUGGAUCUUGUGCCCUCCUAACAAUGUACGAGCCCAAGACCUCCACUUUACGCACCGCUGUCGCAGGCGACUCCCGUGCUGUUCGCGGCAUGUGGUCUCCCAACACAAUCAAAUACGAAGUAGAUGUUCUGAGCAAAGACCAAACUGGCUUCAACCAGGACGAGGUUGAAAGGCUCGAUAAGGAGCACCCUGGAGAGAUCAAGGACAUGAUUAACCCUGAGUCCGGUCGACUCUUUGGAAUGGCAAUCACAAGAGCGUUUGGCGAUCACAGGUGGAAAUGGCCAGAAGAAUUCAUUCGCAAAGUUAAGCACGAUUUCUACGGUACUGCACCGCGACCAAGUGCCAAGACGCCGCCUUACAUGACAGCCCGACCGGAAGUAACAACAAGAAAGAUCCAGACGGAAGACUUCGUAAUUCUCGCGUCCGACGGUCUUUGGGAUAUGAUGAGCAACGAGGACGCCGUGUCGUGCGUGUCGCGCUGGCUAGUCGCCAAGAAGAACGGCAAGCCCGAACCCUUCAAGGAGACCAAGUUUGAGGGAAGAUUGGAAGACGGAUGGGUAGCCACGCCAGAGCAUCAGGUCAUUGAGGAUCUGGACAACGCGGCUGUUUGCUUGGUCAAGAAUGCUCUUGGAGGAUCAAGACGGGGACUGUUUCUGGGAGCGAUGACGACGUAUCCGCCCAUGAGCCGGAAUGUGAGGGAUGACAUGACUGUGCAGGUUAUCUUCUUCAAGGAUCCUUACGAGAAGAACUAG